UCUUCUUCGUUCACAUUCAUUUCAACACCCCCACUAACUUUCUCUCUCUCUCUCUACAACCAUUUCCAGAAAUUCCGAGCAAAUCUCGGGCAAUAUAUUGUCAAACUAACGAGAAUUCGUUAUGUGAACUUCAAUUGGUUGGAAUCAAUUUCAAAAACUACAACAAAAUGCCGUUUAGUAGGUACCAGAUACGAAAUGAGUUCAGUUUGGCUGAUCCAGAGCUAUACAAAGCGGCCGAUAAAGAUGAUCCUGAAGCUUUGCUUGAAGGUGUUGCUAUGGCCGGUCUCGUUGGCGUCCUUCGUCAGCUCGGUGACCUAGCUGAGUUUGCAGCAGAGAUUUUCCAUGGUUUACAUGAAGAAGUGAUGGCAACUGCCGCUAGGGGCCAUGGUUUACUGACACGUGUCCAGCAGGUCGAGUCAGAUCUCCCUUUAAUUGAAAGGGCAUUUCUUUCGCAAACAGGCCAUUCAGCAUUCUUUUCAAGUUCAGGUAUUAGUUGGCAUCCUAAUCUGCAAACAGAGCAAAAUCUUAUCACCAAGGGAGACUUACCUCGGUUUGUCAUGGAUUCUUACGAAGAAUGUCGUGGCCCACCUCGGCUAUUUUUGCUAGACAAGUUUGAUGUUGCUGGUGCUGGGGCAUGCUUAAAACGUUACACUGAUCCGUCAUUUUAUAAAGUUGAGGUUCCGUCAUAUGAUAUGAUGAAUGCGGAAGCGCAGAGGGACAAAAAGAUCCGCAAGAUAAAGAAGAAGGGAUCACGGUUGAAAAACGGGGAUACUCCUGAGGUGUUCCAGCCGUCACAUGUCAAACUCCAUCAAUUACUCCUUGAGGAGCGCGUGCAAAACGGUGCAAGUGAACCUGCUCGCCGUGUGAAAAUAAAGAAACGGGAUAUUAAAUUUCCUUUCGACACCGAAACUGGUAAAGGAUACAUGGAGAAAUUAUUAAGUUCUCCACCAGAGGAUAAACUUGUCCACGAGGUUAAAAUGGUACACUCACCCUUACGUUUGCCUACCAAUAGUUCUGAAGAACCAGAACUCGAAACGCUCGAGGAUAAAAUGGUAAAUCUACCACCCGUAGAUGAGAUUGAAGAAAAACACAUAUCUGUUGUUGAGGAAAACAAAGAAGAUGGUAAUCAUGGUAUUGAAGAUGUUUAUCAAUCUGAUGACGUGGCAAGUGAGACCGACAAUUAUAUGGAUGCCCUUGCCACCAUGGAAUCCGAAGUUGAAACGGAUGUCGAGUUUAGAGCUGCUAACUCUGAUCCGAUCGUAAAGCAAGAAACCGUUUCGGAUUUAAAUCUCGAAAAGAUUCAAAAAGCGCAAGUUUCAGAUUCUCAAUCUGCAUCAGAUGAUGUAAGUAGUCCGAUGAAGAGCAAAAUUACAACCUUUUUUCAUUCUGAUUCUGAUUCUGAAUCUACCACAACUUCACCCAAUAAUAUGUCACCACGUGUCAACUCUCCUCAUGCAUUUGCAAGCACAGAAAUCCCGUUUCGCCCACGGGUUUUACACACCCAAGAAUCAGAUUUGAGUGAAAUGUCUUCAAGCAACUGUGUUGAUGUUAAUAUUCCCACAAAAGGCGGAGAAAUUGAAAAUGACCCGGAAGACUGUAUAGCUUCUCGUAUUGAUGAGGAUAACAAUUCCGAUUCUACCCUUGUGAAUUCACAUGUGGAAGAGCAAUCUUUUGGUCCCUCUUUGGACCAACUUGACAUUUGUGAAGACGAUGAUGUUAAGAGUAAAUCUGAUCCAGCAGAAGCUAGGGGUUCAUAUUCUAACGAAGAUGAAACCGAACUGAAAGAUAAAGAAACGGUAUCUGUUGACUCAGAAAGCGAAAAUGCAAAUGUUUUCGUUUGUGAUCAUGAUGUUGCUAAAAUUGAAGAUAAUCAUAUUAUUACCGAGGAUGAAAAAGAAUUAGAUGACAGAAAACCAGAAUCAUCUAGUUCAGAAACUAAAGAUUCAAGUCCUGUUUCUGUCCCUGAUGUAUAUGAAAAUAAUGAAAUUAAGGAUCUCCCAGCCAACGAGGAACCGCGUGAAGAAGACAGACUGGUCAUAAAUGAUUUGGGUAUCGUUCAUAAUUCUGAUGAAUCAGUUGAAAAGGAAUCAGUUAUUUCUCCAGAACUAGAUUCCAUUCCUUCUGCAUAUUAUGAUCAUUCACACGCACAAUUUGUCGAAGACAUUCACAGCAAUGGGAGUGCAAAUGAUAUCGAUGAACCGUCUAUAAAGUCGAUUGAAUCUGAUGAAAAGAAGGAAUCGAACGAGGAAUCAGUUAUUUCUCCGGAAUUAUAUUCCACUCCUUCUAAUCAAAUUCUUGACGACAUUUGUGACGCGCAUGAAAAUGAAGUUGAUAAGCUGGAAAGGGAAUCACUUGAAUCUGGUGACAUGAAGGAAUCGAGUGUGGAAUCAUUUAUUUCUCUGGAAUCAGAUUCCAUUCCUUCUGCAUAUCAUGAUCACCCAAACAUCCAGUUUCAUGAUAACAUUAAUAAAAACGGGGAUGAAAUUGACGCCAGUAAUCCGGAGAAAGAAUCAGUCGAAUCUGGUGAAAAGAAGGAAUCAAGUGAAGAAUCGGUUAUUGUUCCGGAAUCAGAUUCCAUUCCUUCUUCUGCAUACGAUGAUCAUCCAAACAUACAGUUACUUGAUGGCAUUGAUAAAAAUGGGAAUGAAAGUGAUGGAGAUAACCCGGAGAAGGAAUCAAUUGAAUCUUGUGAAAAGAAGGAAUCAAGUGUGGAACCAGUCAUUUCUCCGGAAUCAGAUUCCGUUCCUUCUGCAUAUCAUGAUCACCCGAACACACACUUUCCUGAUAGCAUUCAUAAGAACGGGAAUGAACAUGAUAAUGACAAUGAUAACCCAUCUACAGAAUCGAUUGAAUCUGGUCAAAAGAAGGAAUCAAGUGAGGAAUCGAUUAUUGUUCCGGAAUCUGAUUCCAUUCCUUCCGCAUCUUAUGAUCAUUCCAACAUACACGUUGUUUCACCAGAUGCUGACAUUCAAUCAAAUACACCGUUUCUUGAUCACGGACUCGAUUCAGCAGAGUCAGCAGAAGCUCAAUUAUCCAUUGACCAUGAUGGUCAAAUCAGUAAAGUUGAAGCUGCAUCAUUUAUCUCAAAUCAUGCUGAUUCUGUGGAGUCUCAUAACCAUGUAAGUCAGGAUCCUAUAGAACCGUCAGUGGUGGAUAUAUUGCCGCCACUGCCAAUUAACAUGGAGGAGAUGCCGCCAUUGCCGCCACUGCCACCUAUGCAUUGGAUGAUGGGAAGGUCUCAAAAUCCUUCCUUUAUGUCAAUCCCAGGUGGCGGUCAAGCUGACAUCAGCCACUUUCCGCCAGUUUUUCCCCAAAUUGAAACCCACCCGACAUCAAAUCAGAAUGAAAUUUCAAGAAACGAGAUAUCAAAUCAGAAUGAAAUUUCAAGAAACGAGAUAUCUGAACAUGAUCACGAAGUGAAUAAAGUGGAAAUUGCGGAAGAAGUUGUCCCACAACCACCAAUUAAUAGGGAGGAAUCGCGAAAUGAUCCGAUUUCUGAACCGGAAAUUAUUAGGCUACCAAGCACAUCUUCACUUCCUUCGGGUGAUGGUGAAAUGCCAAACGGUAUUCGGCCAAUGAAAAUUCAGAGACCUCGUACUCCUCUCAUUGAUGCGGUUGCUGCUCAUGACAAAAACAAGUUGAGGAAGGUGACAGAAAGAGCAACGCCUCUGUUCCCUAAGGAAGAGGAAAAAGACACUUUUCUUGAACAGAUUAGGGCCAAGUCUUUCAACUUGAAACCAGCUGUACCAACAAGGCCAAUCAUUCAAGGUCCGACAACCAAUCUGAGGGUAGCUGCCAUUUUAGAGAAAGCAAACGCAAUUCGUCAGGCGUUUGCAGGAAGCGAUGAUGAUGAAGAUGAUGAUAGUUGGAGUGACUCAUGAAAACAUCAAUUUGAUGCAUAACAUGAAGAAUACACACCCUCAUUGUAGUUAUUACCAUCGUUUUUGUGGGUUAUUAAUAUCAUCAUGCUCUCUGUGUUCUACUAAUAAUAAUACUUUAUUACUAUUAUUAUAGGUCUGUUAUAUUAUAUCACUAUAUAUCUUGUAUAGAUUUCAUCCUUUCUCUCUGGUACUGUGAUUUUACUUGUUUGUCCUUCUCAUGGAUGUUACAUGGGAUUAGAUACAAAUACAGUAGGUGCAAUUGUGUAAUUUACUUUCCAAUUUUUAGUGUGCAUUUUGUUGGAUGUAUGUAACACCAACAUCUAUUAAUCAAAGAAUGACUCAUGUUUGUUA